AUGCAAGGGUACUUAGUUGAAGGCAAGGAAAUUAAUAAUGACUAUUCGUAUCAAUGGUUAACAGGCAGUCCUGACUUAGUGGCAAUUGAAAGAGGAAUACCAAUACUGCAUAUCAAUUAGGAAAUACAAAAAAGAGAUUUAGAAAUGGAAUUUAGAGUAUAUAAAAGUUCUAAAGAAGUUGUUACGUAGAUUGACAGAAACCUAAUUUCACAAUGAAAAUCUGCAUGAUUUUCAUCCAGACUUAUAGAAAUUGAAUAGAUAUAAUAACAUUAUACCAUGUAUAUGAAAUUUAAUCAAUAGUCAAACAUUCAAUUGUCAAGCUCAAAUAAGAAGGGGAAGAUGAAGAAAAUCUUAAAGAUACUUAUAUAAAUGCCAAUUUUAUUAAUGUAUCAACUUUGUUUUCAUAUUUUCUAUAGCUUAUUAAUGGCAAGGAGAAAAUGAUUAUUGCUACUCAAGGUCCUUUGAAUUAAACCUUUUGGCAUUUCUGGAAAAUGGUGGUUUAAGAAGACAUGGCUAUGAUUGUUAUGCUCUGCAAUUUAAGAGAGAAUUAGAGAGUAUGUCACCUACUAUCAUUUAGGCUUAAUGUGAGUAAUAUUGGCCGAAGAAUGUUGGGGAAUCAAUCCAGCUUGGAAAUAUUUAAGUUAACUUACUCAGUCAGGAUGAUUUGGGAAACAACAUCAUCAAAAGAGUAGUUAAAGUUACAUAAGAAUAAGAAGAGAAGUCAGUAAUUCAAAUUUAAUGGUGUGGAUGGCCUGAUUAAGGAGUACCAUCUCCUAGUGAUUUUGAUGUUAUGAGAGAACUUUUGAAUAUGAUUAAUGAGAAAUUAUUAUAAGAUCAAAAAGUUGUUUUUCAUUGCAGGUAAUAUUUAUCUUAGAUUUUAUAGUGCUGGAGUCGGUCGUACUGGUACUUUAAUUGCUUUGGCUAAUUUGAUGAUUUUGUUGAGAGCAUAUAAAUAGCAUAUUGGAGAGGACAAAUAAAGUAUUUAUUUUGUUAUUAUGUCUCAGAACUGGAAGAAAAUCCGGAACUUUACAGAAUCUCAAUCUUUGGGAUUGUUCGUAGAUUAAGAGAACAAAGAUGGGGAAUGGUUCAUACUUCAGAGCAAUACAUAUAUAUAUAUAAAUUUAUUAAUGAGGCUGUUAAAUCUAUGUUUAACAUAUGA